AUGGAUGGAUUUCGCAGGUUCGACACAAUCAAGGUGCGCUUACAAACGAGCCAUGAUGGGCAUUUCCGGGGUCCAUUGGACUGCGUGCUACAAACAGUCCGCAAGGAGGGUGUUAGUGGGUUGUAUAAGGGAGCCACUCCGCCGCUGGUCGGUUGGAUGGUCAUGGACUCUGUCAUGCUGGGUUCCUUAACCUUGUAUCGCCGACUGUUACUGGAAAAUGUCUUUUCAAAACCGGAGAUUCGUGCAAGCAUGCCGUUCAUUGGCAAGCAGACGGAUCUUCACACGCUCCCUAGCUUCGGUCAUGGUAUUGCAGGCAUCAUGGCCGGAACGACAGUCAGUUUCAUUGCCGCACCGGUGGAGCACGUCAAGGCGCGUCUUCAGAUCCAGUACUCUGCGGAUAAGUCCAAACGUCUGUACAGUGGACCUAUAGAUUGCGUUCGCAAGAUGCUUCGCACCCACGGCAUUGCUGGAUUAUAUCGUGGACUAUGCGCGACCAUGGUAUUCCGGUCAUUCUUCUUCUUCUGGUGGGGUUCCUACGACGUCCUGACCCGGUUAAUGAAGGAGAAGACCAGCCUGUCUGCCCCUGCCAUCAACUUCUGGGCCGGGGGGAUUUCCGCGCAAAUUUUCUGGAUCACGUCGUAUCCGUCCGAUGUGGUGAAGCAACGCCUCAUGACAGACCCGAUGGGAGGCGCACUGGGCGACGGGCAGCGCAAGUUCCAGUGGUGGAAGGAUGCUGCAGUGGCAGUUUAUCGGGAACGAGGGUGGAGAGGAUACUGGCGAGGAUUUGUGCCAUGCUUCCUACGAGCAUUCCCGGCGAAUGCUAUGGCUUUGGUUGCAUUUGAGGGUGUGAUGCGGUGGCUGCCGUGA